ACACUGGCUGACAUCAUCAUGGAGAAGCUGACGGAGAAGCAGACGGAGGUGGAGUCGGCGCUGUCGGAGCUCUCGGGCUGCCCCAUGCCCCAGCUGGACCCUCGAGUGCUGGAGGUGUACAAGGGUGUCAGGGAGGUGCUGUCCAAAUACAGGAGUGGGAAGAUCCCCAAGGCGUUUAAAAUCAUCCCUGCCUUGUCCAACUGGGAGCAGAUCCUGUACAUCACCGAGCCAGAGACGUGGACAGCUGCUGCCAUGUACCAGGCCACCAGGAUAUUUUCAUCCAACCUGAAAGAGAGGAUGGCCCAGAGAUUCUACAACCUGGUGCUGCUGCCACGGAUCCGGGACGACAUCGCCGAGUACAAACGCCUCAACUUCCACCUGUACAUGGCUCUGAAGAAGGCUCUGUUCAAACCUGCAGCCUGGUUCAAGGGGAUCCUCAUCCCCCUGUGCGAGUCAGGCACCUGCACGCUGCGGGAAGCCAUCAUCAUCGGCAGCAUCCUCACCAAGUGCUCCAUCCCCGUCCUGCACUCCAGUGCAGCCAUGCUGAAGCUUGCAGAGAUGGAGUACAGCGGCGCCAACAGCAUCUUCCUGCGGCUGCUGAUCGACAAGAAGUACGCGCUGCCGUUCCGCGUGGUGGACGCUCUCGUCUUCCACUUCCUGGCGUUCCGCAGGGACCAGCGGGUGCUGCCCGUGCUGUGGCACCAGAGCUUCUUGGCCUUCGCCCAGCGCUACAAGGAGGACCUGUCCUCGGAGCAGAAGGAAGCUCUGCUGGAGCUCCUCAAAUUCCACAGCCACCCCCAGAUCUCGCCCGAGAUCCGCAGGGAGCUCGUCAACUCCAAGACACGAGAUGUGGAGGGGCAGCAGCCUGUGCCCAUGGAGUGAGCAGGGAAAAGCUGCUGCAGCCUGACCUGCUCCUGGGAGC